UAUCGUCAGGCCAUAAGAGAAUAUAGAGGUGAUGCAAAAGCCAUGUCAAGAGCAACACAUGCCAUUUUGAAGCACUAUUCCAGUACCUCAGAGAAGCCUCCACAUGGGGACUGCCCCACAGGUAGGAACUCAUUGUGCAGUUACAACAGGGAUAUAGUGACCUGGGAAAAGGCACAUGUACCAAUCAAAAAUCCACUUCUGGGAUCUGUGGUUAGGUUGAUGCAACCAAUAUUUAAUCGCCUUGGCUCUGAAGAAUUUCUUGUUGGGUGUGAGAGGUGUCUUGAUCGAAAUAAAAAUGAAUGCUUACACCAUGUUAUCUGGGGUAUGGCCCCUGUGAAGGCAGAAAGAGUAAACAAACAAACAGCUAAACAAAAAAGAGCAGACACACCUGAAGCCAUGUUGGAAUAA